GUUUAUUGUGAAGGUCUCAGCGGAAGUGUCGGUGCGCAGUGCCGGACGCAGGGGAUUCGCUGUCAGGAGGGUGGAUGCCUGAAGCUGGAAAUGACCUAGAGGCCUUACAGAUACAUUUGUGCUUUUGUCGCUCCAAUUCAUGGGAGAACAGCAAGAUCUGGAAGCGUACUUGGUUCCGCGGUGAGUAAUAUCUACCUCAGCCAGAAGACGAGGGAGAGACCAGGAAGCUGCUGGAGACUUGAGACAGGCAGACAGAGCUAUCAGCUGGCCACUCGCUCACUGCCUACAGAGUCCUGCUAUUUGAAGAGGAUUUAAGACGGACUGGAUCUGUCUGCCCUUCUCCCACUGCUCCUCUACCAGCCAGUGUUCAAGCCACAUCCUCUGGUUCCAGCAUCAUUUACUCACUUGUUUUUUUUAUUAGUUGUUUUCUCAGUGCUGUUGACCAGUUUCUCAUUAUCCUUGGAUUCAUUUUUCGUUUUUGGUUUCAGCUUUUAAAAUUAUUUUCUAUUUUUAUCAGUGCAGACUGGUAUAGGUUUAUAUAUGUGCUCGAUAGAUGCUCUAUAUACUGUAUGAAGAAAGAUUUUUUUUCUGAAGGAAAGUUAAUGUGCUCGAGAGCUCAAAUACUCUAAAUGAAGUUGUGUUUUUGACUUUCCUUCCCUAUUAUGAUAAUUUUGUUUGAAGCUGGAAACAGAGAAUCUGGAGGUGUGUCUGUGCUGUUUUUUUAAGCUGGGUCUGACGUAUCUGCAGCAGGGCUGCAUGUAAGAAUUUCACUCAGCCUAUCAGCCUUUUCCCAUCGCCCCCCGACCUCACCCCUUUCUGUGCGGCCUCUCCACAGGGCAAACUGAGAUGAGCUUCUGGCAGGUGGAAUCCUUAGGCUGUCUUUUUACAUAACUUGAAAGGUUUCAGGAUUGAUUGGUUUGGGUUUUUUUCUAAAAAGGACAAGAGCACUUUGCGGGGAAAACAAAGUAAAAACAGGAGCUUCCGGUGCUGUUGCACCACUUAUGUAUUGUUGUAGUGCACAGGAAAGUAAAAUGGACUACAAGCGUCGCUUUUUGCUCGGCGGGUCCAAGCAGAAAGUGCAACAGCACCAGCAGUACCAAAUGCCUGAGCUGAGCCGGACCCUGAGCGCCUCGCUGGCCUCCACUUGUUCGGCAUCUUCGCCCAUUGGCACUGGUGUGGGCAUGCCUGGCAGCUGCCACCCGCCCCCUUCCGCUGCCACCACUGCGGUUGCAGACAUCCAGCAAGGCAUCUCAAAAUAUUUGGAUGCCCUCAACGUGUUCUGCCGGGCCAGCGCCUUCCUCACAGACUUGUUCAGCAGUGUGUUCAGGAACUCUCACUAUUCCAAAGCAGCUAUGCAACUGAAGGACGUGCAGGAACACGUCAUGGAGGCGGCCAGCAGGCUGACUGCAGCAAUAAAGCCUGAGAUUGCCAAGAUGCUGAUGGAGCUGAGCGCUGGUGCCGCAAAUUUCAAAGACCAGAACGACUUCAGCCUGCAGGAUGUUGAGGUACUGGGUCGGUGCUUCCUCACUGUGAUGCAGGUCCACUUCCAGUUUCUAUCACAGGCUUUGCAGAAGGUCCAGCCUGUCGCUCAGUCCUGCCUGGCGGAGGCUCUUGCCCAGGCCCAGGAGCGCUGCGCCAACGCCCGCUCCCAAGGCUCAGACCUCGGGCCCCUCACAGAGCUGGAGGACGCCUCCCGCUCAUGGAAAGGUGCAGCUGAGGCUACGGCGAGGCUGAGAGAGAGGGGCCGGGACGGCUGCCUGGCAGGCAUCCAGGUUCAGCAGCUCUUUUGCUCCAACAACACCAUCAUCCCUGAGCACCAGCUGAAGGAUCUUAACAUGAAGAUUGACAAUGCUUUACAGGCCUAUAAAGCAGCACUAGAGAGCCUGGGCCAUAGUGAGUACGCACUGAAGGGUGGCUUUCAUCUUAACCCCAAAGCUGUGGAGGUAGCCUUACAGGGCUGCUGCAGUGAGGCGGAGGCCCAGCAGGCAGGGAGGAUGCAGACCACCUCCCAGCCUAUCCAGUGUGAGCUGCCCACUAUCCCCCUGCAGAUCGGCUCACAUUUCCUCAAAGGAGUGUCCUUCAACGAGUCAGCGGCUGAAAACCUUAAACUGAAAACGCACACAAUGCUGCUGCUCAUUAAGGAGGCGCUUGGCCAGAACGGAGUGACCCCAAGAGACGACUCUCCUGUCACUGAGGUCCUCAACCACGUCUGCCCAUCCAGGUGGAGAGGAGCCUGCAAGACAGCUGUCCAGCUGUUGUUCGCCCAGGCUGGUCUGGUGGUUGUUGACACAGCUCAGAUUGAGAACAAGGAGGCCUACGCUCCUCAAAUCACUCUGGAGGGCUCCAAGGUUGUGGUCCAAGUUCCUUCUACAUGGUGUCUGAAGGAGGACCCAGCCACCAUGUCCCUGCUCCAGCGGAGUUUGGACCCAGAGAAAACACUUGGUCUAGUUGACAUGCUCUACACGGCUGUGUUUGACAUCAACAGGUGGAAGGAGAGAAAAGAGCAGGCCUUGCCCACUAUUCAGAUCCAGCUGCAGCGGGAGAUCCCAGACUAUGGCGCCCAUGUAGACCUUCCUCUAGGCACCAGCUCCAAGACCUCUAGUGGAUUGCCCAAAACUAUAUCCAAGCUGACUUCCAAGUUCACCAAGAAGGUCUCAUCUAGCUCGAACAGUGGCGGCAGUUACUCCAUCCCGAGCACGCCGUCUCGCAGCAUGCUAAGCACCAGUAGCUCUGAGGAUAAGGCCAAGAGUCUGGGCCACAGUGACGGGAGGCUACAGAGUAUCCUGCAGAUGGCCAGCCUGUCCUCCACUCCUGACCCUACACAGCAAAGCCAGCUGGCCAACGGCUUGGUGUCCGAUGACCAGGGAAUGAACUUGCCAACUGACCAAGAGAUGCAGGAUGUCAUCGACUUUCUCUCAGGAUUCAACAUGGGUAAAUCUCAGCAGGCCUCGCCCCUGGUCAAGAGGAGGAACUCUGUGGCAUCUGCAAACCCGGCUGAACUGAAGCCGCCCAGUGGACCCCCACCAACGUCCCAGACUAUCUCCCUACAGCCCCCAGCUCAGACAAUGCCCCAGCCUCAGCCUCCAGCAGUGCAGAAGCAGCAGCAGCAGCCACAACCACAGCCACCUCCUCCUACUCCGCAGCAACAACAACAACCCCAGCAGCCUCCUCCUGCUCCUCAGCAGCCCUCCCCGCAGGCCCUGCAGUACUACCAGCACCUCCUGCAGCCCAUCAGUCAGCAGCAGCCCCCUCCUCCUCAGCUUCCUCCUCAACAGACCCCACCACAGGUCCUGCCACAGCAGAGAGUGGCAAGCAAGUGGCUCGGCACAUCCGGUCAGCAACCACCACCCCAAGGCCCCCCAGCAGGGCUGUCACCUCUGGGACCCAUCGGGCAGUGGGGGUCCCCUGGACUGCCAGAUCUGAGCUCAGACCUGUACAGUCUCGGCCUGGUCAGCACCUACAUGGACAGUGUCAUGUCAGAGAUGCUCGGUCAGAAGCCGCAGGGACCCCGCAACAACACGUGGCCCAACAGGGACCAGAGCGAGGGGGUGUUUGGAGUCCUAGGAGACACGCUGCCAUUUGACCCAGCAGUCGGCUCGGAUCCAGAGUUUGCACGUUACGUCGCCGGUGUCAGUCAGGCCAUGCAGCAGAAACGGCAGGUGCAGCACAUCCGUCGCCCUAGCAACACGCGCAGCAACUGGCCAAUGCCCGAUGAGCAGCAUCGAACCUGGUCCCACCCUGAGUAUUACAGUGAGGGUGAGGCCGUGAACAGCAGCUGGUCGGCCAAUCAGGGGGACUCGGCCAGCUCCAGCGAUGAGACGUCCUCAGCCAAUGGGGACAGUCUAUUCUCCAUGUUUUCUGGGCCUGACCUCGUAGCAGCAGUUAAACAAAGGAGAAAACACAGCUGUGGUGAGCCGGAGGUGUGCACCCUGCCCUCCCCACCACUCCAUCACAUUGGCGAUGACAGCCAGGACAGCAAAACUAAAACCUGGCCUCCCAAAGCCCCAUGGCAGCACUCCACCCACACCAACACCAUGCCCAAUCCCAGCUCUUCCUUGUAUCAGAUGAACAUCCCUCCUUCCUCCCAGUGGAGCGACUCCAUGCAGAUGCUGCAGUCUCCUGUGUGGUCCACUGCCAGCGACUGCUCCCCCUCCACCUGCAUCUCCUCUGGUUUUCCCAGUUUCACCCAGCAGCAGCAGCAGCAGCAGCAACAACAGCAGCAGCAGCAGCAACAGCAGCAACACAAACCCAUGACUAAGGGCUUUAAAUCCUUCCCCCUCAAACACGAGCACAGGCCCUCCUACCUUCACCAGUACUGACCAAUCCGUAAUGUUGAAUGAGUCCACGGUGAAGUGCCACGGAGGGCCUGUAGCUCGUGUUCAUUGAGCCACUGAGUGGGCCAAGCUGCAGCCUUUCACUCUCUACACCCACUGAAUUGGAAGAUUUCAAAGCCUCAGAGGCAAAAAUUAUGUUCACACACUGGCUCAACAUUUUUGUAUCUAUAUUUUUCCAUAUCAAACAUCCCCAUUGGAAAGAGAGAGAGGCGUAUUUUGAAGUUUUUUCAACUGCCAUGUUUUAACUACAGAAAAGGUGCAUGUGUCAUGCUGGCAGCAGUUAGUCUAAGUGGUUGUUUCUCUGUCUGUUGAGCUGACGUCUCCUCAGACAAGAGCUGGAGACGUGCACGGCCGUCACCCACUUGCUUCUGCAGCUUAACGUGUGAAAGCGUGUGUGUGAAAGCGUGUGUGUCUGUGUCUGUGUCUGUGUCUGUGUGUGUGUCUGUGUGUGUCUGUGUAAGGGCGCGUUUGUGUGUAAGGGCGCGUUUGUGUGUAAGGGCGCGUUUGUGUG